UCUCUAUGUUUUAGUAAACUGUCCUGCAAACAAGGCCACAGUGGUCCAACCUAUGAAUCCAUGCAGGCUGUGUUUGACCUACAAUCCUUCAGGCCAGCAGUGAACCUCAGCAAUCCCACCAUAACCAACAUCUCCUUCACUCUGUAUGCUGUCCUGGGGGUGAAUGAAAAAACACAGAUACUCACUACUUUCUUAUGGCUGAGACUGUACUGGCACCAUGAGUUCCUAGUUUGGGACCCUGAUGAGUGUGACGGCGUCACCAGGAUUUCUCUCCCUGUGAGUCGGCUCUGGUCUCCGGACAUCAUUGUGUAUGAGUUUGUGGAUGAUGAUGUUUCCCAAGCGUGUCCUUACGUCUACUUGAACCACACAGGUCGCAUCCGCUGGGACAGGAUGCUUAGGCUUGUCUCAGCCUGCAACCUGGAGAUCUUCAGCUUUCCUUUUGACGUGCAGAAUUGCACAUUUACAUUUGGCUCCUACAUGCACACCAUAAAGGACGUAAGGGUGAGUCCAGCCCUGACCUUUAAGGAGAUGUCUGAAAACUCAAAGCGUUACCUGGAAGCCAGUGGAGAGUGGGAGCUGGUGGACAUACUGGGGGAGACCUCCAUCCUCCAGUUUGGGAUUGACGAGUGGGACAUCAUCACCUUCUGGGUGGUCAUAAAGCGCCAGCCAAUUCUCUAUGUGGUCAACUUGCUGAUCCCCAGCUCCUUCCUCAUGGUCAUCGACAUCCUGUCCUUCUACCUGCCCCCCCAUAGCGUUGACCGCGCUUCCUUUAAGAUGACCCUCAUCCUGGGCUACACCGUCUUCCUGCUCAUCAUGAACGACCUGCUGCCCAGCACAGCAAACGGCACGCCCAUCAUAGGUAUCUAUUUCUCUGUGUGUCUGGCCCUCAUGGUCAUCAGUCUACUGGAGACAGUCGUCAUUACCAAUGUCCUCCACCACAGCUCCAUGAAAUAUCAAGAGGUCCCACACUGGAUAAGGGUGGUUGUGCUCAAAUACAUCGCCAACCUCAUCUGCUACCGAUGGUCGGAGGAUGUCCAGCCCCCGUCUGUAACACAAAAGGAUAAACCUGACAGCUCAAAUGGCGUUUCAGGGCCGUGGAUCAUCCAACCAGCAAGCCAGACACCUGCCCAGCACCCAGCCCGCACUGGAGGUACUGCUGCUCUGCCUGAGCUGCAACAGAUCUGUCAAUACCUAGGGGACCUUCGUGACCACCUCACUUCGCUGCAGAAGGAGAGCGAGCUGCAGGACAAGUGGUGCCACGUAGGAUAUGUCCUCGACUACCUGCUCUUUCGCAUCUAUCUGCUGCUCAUCUCCUGUUAUGCCCUGGUCAUCAUCUUCAUGUGGUGCGUUUGGAUCAACCAGUCCUAAUGGGACAUCGGUCAGCUGUGAACCAGCGCUGGGAUCAAUUCUUAGGAUGCCUAAAUUACAAAUGACUAAAAAGCAAUAAGUAAAAGCAGAAGGAAAAACAAAGCCUCUGCCACCAUCUAUCAGAUUCAUAUUUGUUUUCUGUUAGAUUUUCCAUG